GGAGUUAUCCAUUUCCCAAUCGGCCCGCAGAAAAAAAGAACACACUGAAAUGUACAAGAAGGAGAAGAGAGAAGUGUGAAAGAUGUUCCCACGCUUGAUCGGGGGGCCAUUGAUGACCAAGGUGAAACAAACGACCGGGAUUGUGGGACUGGAUGUGGUCCCCAACGUGAGGGAAGUUCUGAUCAAUUUGUGCAGCAAAACCCUAAGAGAGAUCCCGGCCGUUCCCGAAGAUGAAGGAUGCCGUAAGGCAGUGGAGAGCUUCACACGACACCGUCUCAAGGUUUUCCAAGAGGAAGAAGACUGGGAAAUGAUCGAGAAACGCCUCGGAUGUGGUCAGGUUGAGGAGCUCAUCGAUGAAGCCCAGGACCAGCUCAAGCUCAUUGACAAAAUGAUCGCUCACAGUGAUGCUUCUGAAGAAGCUUAAAAAGGAGACACUAGAAGGGCUUCUGACUGAUCAAAAAAGCAUUUUUGAGGCCUUAAUUAAAAUACAAACUUGCCCUGGUGAAAGCGUUAUAAAACGGACUGAUAGCCUACUUCAUUUUCGAAGUUUCAGGUUUUCCCAUUCUUAUUUUGUGUCUUUAUGUGCAUGUCUAGUGUUACCCUGGUAGCAGGAUGCUGCUUGAUUUAGACGGACUAAGAUUUGAUCAUUCUAAAAAUAGUGAGUGAAAGUUAAAUUUGAGUUUUUGGACAGUCUGGUAGCUAAAAAAGUUCUUUCAUGUUGUUGUAAGAUAUGAACAUCAUUUUAACUAAAAUUGAUACUAUAUAUAUAUAUAUAAGAACUGGUUCAGAGAGUGUUCAAUACCAAGCAAUUCUUAGGCAUUCCUUUUUAUACAUAUUUUUUUAUCAUAUGAGGAACCUAACUUUCUUUCUCUUUUCGAUAAUAGGAAGUUUUGAUAAUUACAUGACAUGUUUAACUUGUCACCUUCCAUUUUUAAGAUUGUAACGUUCACUUGUCUAGACAUGAGGUUAAUGCUUUCCAUUUCCUUCUAGCUCCUUUCUGUUGAGGCCUAGCAGUAUGUUGAAUGCUUAUCUUGAGUAAUUGAAGUAUGAGUUAAUCAUCAAACUAUGCAAAAAAAUCCGCCCAAGAUUUGUGCCUAUGUUAAUUUUGUACUACCUUUUUUAGUGCCAUUUAAUUCAUGAAAGCAGCUCACAUUUUGUUAGUAGUAGUUUGUACUAUGAGCUUUUUGGUUUAUUAAAGAGUGGAAU